AACCUCAGACCUUCCUUAACAAACCAAGAUUGUAGGUACAUUUAUUUAUAUGUAUCUAUUUCCACGCAAAGAGUCUGCGGAGAAUUAAGAGUUUUUACCCCCUUCUGUAUAUGGACGAAUCAUUCAAUUGAAUCAAAAUCAUUAGCUUCACCAUUUUAGUGUUCGCUUUUUUCGAAGUGAGAGUUAAGAUUAGUUUGGAAUAAAAUGGGUGGCGAUCUCUCUGAUUCUUCACCACUAAUGAAUCCUCCGAUAAACGAACCCUUGGAGAUCGACCUCGAAGUGGGGCCUGGGGAGCAAAUUCAAUGCCGAAUUUGCCUUGAAACUGACGGUAGGGAUUUUAUUUCACCUUGCAAGUGCAAAGGGACAUCAAAGUAUGUUCAUCGAGAAUGUCUGGAUCAUUGGCGUGCUGUGAAGGAAGGGCUUGCAUUUGCUCAUUGCACGACUUGUAAGGCUCCUUAUCAUUUGAGAGUCCAUGUUGUUGCUGAUAGGAAAUGGCGUACUUUGAAGUUUCGAUUUUUCGUGACAAGAGAUAUUUUAUUUAUCUUUCUUGCUGUUCAGUUGGUUAUUGCUUUGUUGGCAUAUUUGGUGUAUCUCAUUGAUUGCUACCAGAAAUUUUGGCUUCGCCAGGCCUGGGGUUUCGAUAGCGGACUCAGUUUUUACUACAUAUGUGGAGCACUUCUGUUUUUCGCGUUAUUGGGCUUAUCUGGGUGCUUCAUCACGUGUUAUGACAGAAGGGUGCGCAAUGACUUGGCCCAGCCAUGUCGAGAAUUGUGUCUUUGUUGCUGUCACCCUGGAAUGUGUGCUGAUUGCCAUUUGCCUGGCACUCUUUGUAUGUGGACCGACUGUACCACGUGCUUUGAAGGUUGUGCUAGUGCAGCUAGUGAAUGUGGUUGCCUGGGAGGUGCUGGCGAAGCUGGGUUGCCGCUAUUAUUUAUAAUGGCUUUAAUUGUGUUGGGACUAUUUACUGUAAUCGGUAUAUUCUACAGUGUGCUGGUGGCAACCAUGGUAGGACAGAGGAUUUGGCAGCGGCACUACCACAUACUAGCAAAACGAAUGCUAACAAAAGAAUAUGUUGUGGAGGAUGUUGAUGAUGAGAUGACCGGAUCUGAUUGGUCUCCUCCAACCCUUCCCCCUGAGCAUGUUCAGCAGCUGAAAACACUUGGACUUCUAUAACAUCGGAAGUCUUAAAAGAGGGAAUGGAGGACAUAGAGAUGGACUGACUUCACUUGUAUAGGCUGGUAAGCAUAGACAUAAAGUCAAUGCUAUAUUAAUCUUGAGACAAAUUUUUAUUGGCCAAUUGGAAACAUGCAACUGAUGUUCAAUCAUGUUCAUAGUGUACGAAUGAUAAAAAAGUAAUUGUGUUAUCGAUAUAAUUUCCUUUGUUAUGCACCGUAAGAAGAUUGAUUCAAUUAAUAAUUUAAUGA